GACGAUAGACGAGUUUAACAGUGAAAGGAAAGGGAAAAGAAGAAAAAGAAGGAUGAAGAAACUGGUAUGCUGUAUUGCGGAGAUCCUUAUCAGAAAAUGACGUAUUACAGGCAUUGGCUUUUUUCUGUUUGGCCGUUUCGAGAUUCCCAAGCAAAGCCGCUUUGGUGGCGUUGCUUAUCAGAAAUUUUCCUGGGAUGCCACGUAACCAUCUUGCAUUUUUCGCUUUUUUAUUGUAAAUCAGAAAAAAGCAACAUGAGGUAUCCAGUGUUCUUUUUACUGGUAAUCAACUUUAUCCAACCAUUCUCUUUCCUGUUCCUGGUGUAGUGUGAUGGCUUGGGCUGUGCUUGUUCACGGUCAACGAUGCUUCGAGAAGCUACUGCUGAGGUUACUUGAAUUUUCCCAGAAAAGAAAAAAGGGACAAGGGAGAACAGUCUAAAAGAGAAUGUAGAAAUUGAGAUGCGCAUAUAAAGAAAAAAAAAAGAGACCACUCACCUCCUCUUUUUCCUUAUUAUAAAAAGUGGCAUGGUCAACUAUGGUUUCCCACACAUCUUUUUUUUUUUUUUUUU